GUCAUAUCAUCAGAACGGCUACAGUUCUUCUCAAGAAGAUGAUUCAAUCAUGGAUUUACUGGGGAAAAUGAUCCCCCAGACAUGCCGCUUCCGAGGCGCUCGGUACCCGUGCGGCCUCAGCAUUUCCUGCGUGUUGGGAGGAGGGAAGCCUCUGGACCUCUGUUCGGGAGGGAUGAUCUGGGCAUGCUGUGUAGACAGGGACACAACAGACCGACCUAGUGAGGUCGCCCCGGUGGUGCAUAAUGCUAGCUGUGGCGAGCACUUCACCAGGUCUAACCGCAUCGUCGGUGGUCACUCCACUGGCUUCGGCUCCCACCCCUGGCAGGCGGCUCUCAUCAAGUCAGGGUUCCUCAGCAAGAAGCUGGCGUGUGGUGGAGCGCUCAUAUCAGACCGGUGGGUCAUAACUGCCGCGCAUUGUGUUGCCACGACCCCAAACUCGCAACUGCGCGUGCGCCUCGGUGAGUGGGACGUACGAGACGCCGGCGAGAGGUACUCCCACGAGGAGUUUGCAGUCCAGAGGAAAGAGGUCCACCCUUCAUACGAGCCCGCAGACUUCCGCAACGACGUCGCUCUAGUACAGCUAGAUAGAGGAGUCGUCUUCAAGCAGCACAUCCUACCGGUAUGCCUACCCCAGAAACAAAUGAAGCUCGCGGGCAAGAUGGCCACGGUGGCCGGCUGGGGCCGCACGCGCCACGGCCAGAGCACCGUGCCAUCUGUCCUUCAGGAGGUGGACGUGGAGGUGAUACCCAACGAGCGCUGCCAGAGGUGGUUCCGCGCCGCGGGCAGGAGAGAGACGAUACACGACGUGUUUCUUUGCGCUGGGUAUAAAGAGGGCGGCCGAGACUCCUGCCAAGGCGACUCCGGCGGCCCCCUCACCAUGAAGCUGGAGGGGCGUAGCACCCUCAUAGGGCUCGUGUCCUGGGGCAUCGGCUGUGGCCGCGAGCACCUGCCCGGGGUAUACACCAACAUACAGAAGUUCGUGCCCUGGAUUGACAAGCUUAUUAGCCCUUAAGUUCCAAUACUGGUGAGAGUGCCUUGAAAAGAGACGGUUGUGUAAAAACAUAGAUGGGAAAAGUACUUUUUUUAUAAAAGUAAAAUGAAAUGAAAUGAAAUUUACUCUGUGCAUGGUAUGAGUAUCACCAAAUACUGCCUUUUCAGGCAUACACACAGAUUAUUUAAAAACAAUAACAAAUAAUAAUAUCAAUUUUACAAAUAAUCUACACACUUAAUACAUGCUUUCAAUUAUACACUUAAAACCUGUUAUUUGUAAUCUAAAUAUUCUUUUACGCUGUAAAAGCAUCUAUCUGCAAGCCACAGUUUAACUGCUACGCGAAACUUAUUGAGUUUGCAAAGUAUUUUCUGGAUUGAAGAAAGAAAGAAAGAAACAUUUAUUAUUUAGGACACCACAGACACGGAUUACAUUAUAUAUACAUUACAAUGACAUCACAUCAAAAGACAAAUAACGCACAUGCGAAUUAUUUUCUAUAU